AAGGCGCAGGACAAAACAUGCAUUGCCCAAACCAGCCCAAAGAAUCUGCCCUGUGCACAUCGGAGCCAUGAAUAUCAAGGUGCUAGAUGUGGAGGAACUUCCGGCCAACACCUUUCUCUCCAUGAGAUAUGGUGAAGUGCGGAAGCAGGCUCCGUUCCGGGCUGGCGAGACCUUCAGCUUCCCCUCUGGCACGAAGGAGCCCAAAGCCUUUACCGUGGAUGUGCUCCGCAAGGUGGCUUCUGCGCAGAUCAGCCUUGCUGGCAUCUCAGCCAUGGGUGCCUGCGUGAAGAAUGUGGAGAUUGAUAGCUUGGACAUCAGCAAUGCUCCGAUGAAAGUCUCUUUUGAAGCUUCAACGCGAGCAAGCGACUCCGAGGAGAAGGGCCUUUCGCGCGGCAAGAGCGCGGCAGAGCGGGCGAAGCAGUACAUGGAGCAGAGCGGCAUCCAGCCCUUUCUCCAGGAGAUGUUUGCAGAGCUGCUCGAGCGGAAGCCCGAAGACUAUUUGGGCUUUCUGGCAGACUUCAUUGACCAGAAGCGCGACGAAGCAGAUCAGAUGGAAGGGAUCGACUUCUCGUUUGAGCCCGGCUUGGGGGACGAAGCCUUGCCAGGCUUUGAGAGCUUUCCGCUGCCAGACCUCUCCAAGCACACCAGCAUUGCCACAGAGGUGCUGCGCAGCAGCACGUUGCGCGAGGCCAUUCCGGAGCUGGCGACCCAGAGUACCUCCAAGGAUGUGACCCUCGCGCGCUGCGUAAAAGCAGCAGUGGACUGUCCCGGCCACCCGUUGGUGAAGGUUGCAGGCGCCUUCGCAGGCGAUGUGGAGAGCUACGACACCUUCCGGGCCUUCUUCGACCCGCUGGUGGCGAAGAUGCACCCGGGCUGGCCCGUGCAGGGCGCGAACUGGCCCCACCCGGUGGAUCAGGAUGUCUCCAAGAUUGCCGAUACCUCCGUGGACUACAUGGGCGUGUAUGUCGUGUACUCGUCGCUGGAAGCGCGCCGGAAUAUCGAGGGGCUGAGAUUCCCGAUGUGCUGCCUCCAGGAGGAGCGCCGGGAGGUGGAGAAGAUCCUGUGCAGCGCAUGCACCAGCUCCGUCGGCUCCUCCCUCCGGGGCUCCUACUUGCCGUUGCGGGGCUCCCAGAGUUGCCCCCUGCGGCCCCACGGCAUGGCCGCCUACCAGGAGGAGCGCCUCCGGAAGAUGAGCAUGCUUCUCACAGAGCCCGACUCCACGCUGAAACUGGCCGCCGGCUUCGGCCGCCAUUGGCCAGACGCGCGGGGCGUCUUUGUGGCGGACACGCCUGGGGUCUGCGUUUGGUGCAACGAGGAGGACCACUUCAGGUUCUUCGCGCGGUCUGAGGGCUGCGACCUGCGGCAGCUCUACGUGCGCCUGGCAAAGGCCAUGCGCGGAGUGGAGGAGGCGGUGACCCGAAAAGGCCAUCGCCUUGCCCGCUCGGAGAGGCUGGGCUGGAUCACCAGCUGCCCCUCCAAGCUGGGGGCAGCCCUGCGCCUCACAGUGACGCUGCGCAUCCCGAAGCUGGCGAAGGCGCUGGAUCUGCCGGCGCUGUGCCAGUCCCUUCAGUUGGUCUGCGACGCCUCCACCAGCGCCAUCUCUGGGAAUUUGUGGCAGCUCCACAGCGCGGACAGCCUGGGGCUGUCGGAGGUCGACUUCAUGAAGUCCAUGGUCCAGGCGUGUCAGCUGCUGGUGAGCCUCGAGCAGCGCCUGGAGAAGAACCAAAGCAUCUUCCCGGUGCUCCCUGGCAUCGGAUUCGAGUAUCCCAGCCGGUUUCCACGCGGAAGCUGUCCGAAAGAGAUGCCGGAUUUGUCAUCAUGCAGCAGUCUCGUGGCCGCCUGCCUCCGCGCUGAGCCAGAGCUCUACACCAAUUUCUGCCAGCUUAGCACCUCCAGGAACACUGGCCUUGGCGACUGCCUGCGGCCUGGUUUCGAUCCGGAAGUGGGCAAGCACAGGACGCAGACUGGUCUGGUGGCUGGUGACGAGGAGUGUGUGGACACCUUCAAGGACAUCUUCUUGGCGGUUCACAGACAGCUGCAGCCGCAGCCCUUUGAGCUGCCCAGCCAGUAUCAGAGAUUGGACACUGUUCAGCUGCCCUGCAAGUGGGUGAAGAUCGAGAUGCGGCGCAAUAUCUCGGGCAUCAGGUUUGCGCCCUGCACCUCCAGCGCUGAACGACGAGAGGUGGAGCGGCUCCUGCUGCGGAGCCUCCAGGCUGCGCCAUCUUCUGGCAAGUAUUUGCCCUUACCCUUAUCGACCAGCUAUCCCUUGAUGCCCAACGGGACAGACCCACAGGAAGAGCAGCGACUUGUCCAGCUUGGCAAGUUGUUCACCUUCCCCCGGACCCCAGCGGAGCUGAGUGCGGGCGUGGGAAGAGAAUGGCCUGAUGCGCGAGGGGCCUUUGUGAUGGACAGCGAAGAUGCCGCCGGCGAGACGGUGCUGUGGAUCAACCAAGCCGACCACCUCCGGCUCAGG